AAAUAUGUUUGAUCCACUGCCCUAGCCUCAGCAUCGGCAGGGAGUUCCCAUCCCUCCACGAUGGCCUCAUUUGCAAGCGUGAGGCACGGCCUCGAGAAUGCUACGUAUAGGCAGUUAGCUGUGGGUAUCGCUGGUGGAGUCUUCGCGCUGUGGAUUGUUGGAAAGUUGCUCAGAGAACUGUCGCACGCAUUGUUCCCGAAUUUCGUUCCUGGCGAACCGAACACAGCAUUGCUGGCUACCAUUCGACCGAACAAAGGCGAAGCGUCGACCAAAGACUUACAGAAUGCUCGCGAGUAUGACUAUGUGAUCAUCGGCGGCGGUACAGCUGGAUGCGUCUUGGCCAAUCGUCUCUCAGAAGAUCCUAACACUACUGUCCUCGUCAUCGAAGCAGGCCAUUCAGACCUGAAGCAGAUCUUCUCUAGGAUUCCAGCUGGAUUUGGACGUCUGCUCGGGACCUUAGCUGACUGGAACUUCUACACAGAGAAGGACAAGGGCUGCAAUGACAGGAAGCUCUUCUGGCCUCGUGGCAAAAUGCUUGGUGGCUGUAGUGCCAUCAAUGCUAUGAUCUACAACAAAGGCGCAGCCGAAGAUUAUGACGAGUGGGAAAGCCUUGGGAAUGCUGGAUGGGGAUGGAACAGCGUGUCGAAAUAUGCUAAGAAGGCAGAGGCCUUCCAGCAUGGUCCUCAUUCCGCGCUCACCUCCCAGGAUCUAGCUGAGCAUGGUCGUAGUGGUCCAUGGCAGACUGGGUACACCGUUUUUGCUCCGCUUUGCAAGGUGUUUCUAGACGCCUGCGAAUCUAUCGGUAUUCCGAAUAUUCGCGAUUUCAAUACUCCCAAAGGCAUGAUCGGCGCCUCCCAGUUCCAGACAUUCAUCGACUCGAAGGGCCAAAGAUCCUCUACCGCAGUCGCAUACUUGACGAAAGAUGUGGCAAGCCGACCGAAUUUGAGAAUCGCUACUGGCCAGACUGUGACCAAAAUCCUUUUCGACACUUCCAAUGCGAAGCCUCGUGCAGUCGGUGUCGAGAUGGGCUCGACGAAGAUCAGUCCAGUACGCUACGUUGUCAAGGCUAAGAAGGAAGUCAUCCUCUCUGCUGGCGCGGUCCAAUCUCCGCAGAUCCUAAAGUUAUCAGGCAUCGGUCCAGCUGCUGAGCUGAGAAAACACGGGAUUCCAACAAUCAAGACUUUGAUGGGUGUCGGCGAGAACCUUGCAGACCAUUUUUGCGGCAUCAUGGUUUUCGAAUCGAAGCAGAAAUCUUACCAGUACCUCGUGGACCCUCUCAAAAGUCUGCCCGCCCUGAUCGAGUGGAUGCGAUUCGGUACCGGGCCUAUGACGAGCAAUGUCGGUGAAGCAGGCUGCUUCGUUCGCGUUGCUGAUCGACCUGAUGCGCCCGAGAGCCUGCGUAAGAAUGACUUGGCCAGCGGUCCCAAUGCACCAGAUCUCGAGCUUCUAGUCGGUCCUCUCGCAUACAUCGCUCAUGGUAAAAUCCUUGCACCAAGCACUAAGGAGUACUUUUCCAUUGGACCCAUCAUGCUGCGUCCAGAAUCUCGUGGCACGAUUUAUCUCGCCUCAUCCUCGCCCUUUGACGCCCCAUUGAUUGACGCAAAUUAUCUUGCAACCCAACACGAUCGAGACAUGAUGGUCUAUGGGAUGCGUCUCGCUCGAGAUGUCGUGCACUCUGCACCAUUUCAGCAGGCCUUUUCAGAAUGGUACUUCCCUUCACAAGAUGUGGCGACGAUGACGGAUGACCAGCUUCUCGAGGCUGUGAGAAAUAGCGGCGAGACGAUUUAUCAUCCAUUCUGUACGAAUAAGAUGGGCCUUGUUACGGACGAGACCGCUGUGGUUGAUGCUGAGUUGCGUGUACACGGUGUGGAUGGUCUGAGAGUAGUUGAUGCGAGUAUUUUCCCGAAACCCGUGGCUUGCCAUCCUUGUGCGCCAGUUGUGAUGGUAGCUGAGAAAGCGGCGGAUCUUAUCAAGGGGAGGAAGUAGCUUGCAAAUACCGACCAAACAGCCUAAAGAUCGCAGUCGCCUACUUCA